UGCGGGACCAAGGUGAACGCCCCCUACUACAGCUCGUGGGGCACGCUCGAGUACCACAACGCCAUGGUGGUGGGCGCCGCCGAGGCGCAGGACGGGUCGGCGGGCGUCCGCGUGCUCUACCUGUACCCCACGCACAGGUCCCUGAAGCCCUGCCCGUUCUUCCUCGAGGGCAGGUGCCGCUUCAAGGAGAGCUGCAGGUUCUCCCAUGGGCAGGUGGUCUCUGUGGAUGAGCUACGCCCCUUCCAAGACCCAGACCUGAGCUCCCUGCAGGCUGGUUCUGCAUGUCUGGCCAAGCAUCAGGAUGGCCUCUGGCACCCAGCGCGGAUCACUGAUGUGGACAGCGGCUACUACACAGUCAAGUUUGACUCACUGCUGCUGAAGGAGGCCGUGGUAGAGGGGGACAGCAUCCUGCCACCCCUGCGUACAGAGGCUGCAGAGUCCUCCGACUCAGACAGUAGUGAUACGGGUGAUGCCAGCUAUGCCCGAGUGGUGGAAUCAGGCACUGUGGACACCAAUACCUGCAGCUCUGCCUUUGCUGGCUGGGAGGUUCACACUCGGGGCAUCGGCUCCAGACUCCUCGCCAAGAUGGGCUAUGAGUUUGGCAAGGGUCUGGGCCGGCAUGCAGAAGGCCGAGUGGAGCCCAUUCAUGCCGUGGUGCUGCCACGAGGAAAGUCACUGGACCAGUGCGCGGAGAUUCUGCAGAAGAGAGCCAGGAGCAGCAAGGCUGGCGCCAGCAGGACCCCAAAGUGCUUGGGAAAAGGGCACAGGCCUGGGGGCCGCCCACCCUCUAAAAACGUGUUUGACUUCCUGAAUGAGAAGCUGCAAGGCCAGGCUCCUGGGGCCCUGGAGGCUGGGGUGGCCGCCCCAGGGAGGAGGGGCAAGGACAUGUACCAUGCCAGCAAGAGUGCCAAGCGGGCCCUGAGCCUGCAGCUCCUUCAGACCGGGCAGAAAAUCGAGCAGACCCAGCGGGACAUCCGCAACAUCCAGGAGGCCCUUGCCCGCAACGCCGGCCGGCACAGUGUGGCAGCAGCUCAGCUGGAGGAGAAGCUGGCGGGAGCCCAGCGGCAGCUGGGGCAGCUCCAGGCUCAGGAGGCAGGCCUGCAGCAGGAGCAAAGGAAGGCGGACACUCACAAGAAGAUGACUGAAUUCUAGAGUCCCCAUGCACACCAUGGAUGGGGCCCUGGGACCCCAGCUGCCCUUGGCAAGACCAGCUGCUGCCCUGAACCUAGGACGCCACCUAAAGAGGGGCCAGCCACUCCCAGGCUAGCCCCCUCAGCCUUUGUGCUGGCCUGGGGCAUGUGCACACAGCUGAGUGGACAUGGGGCUGCAGGGUCACUUCCGGACACUUUCUUACCACCAAGUCCACUUGCCCGUGUCUGAGGCAUCUCCUCAGCAAGGACAUUAAAAUGAUUUCGUCGCAGUGUCA